AUGAAUUACCUAACCUGGACUUUGAUAAAUGUGCCUCUUGGGGUAAUUAACUUUACAUGCAAUGGAUUUUACAUCUUCUGCGUGGUGUGUCCGCUCCAGGGAGAAAGGAUCAAGCAACCUCUGAAGCUUCUUUUGAGCUCAUUGAUUGUCAGCACUGAUAUUUACCUACUGACAGUCCUUGGAUUAUUUUUUUCUGAGGAGAUUAAGGAAAACAACAUUGCUCAGAUUUGUCUAGUGAUCUCACUUGGCUGUUUGUCCGUCAGUGUUUCCUCCUUUGCCUGGCUGAACUUUUUCUACUAUACACAGAUUGUUCCUGGACAAAGAGCCCUCUUUACUUGGAUUAAGAAAAAUAUCAAACCAAUCAUCUACUCUGUUGUGCUUUUAGAAAACAUUUGCAACUUACUGGAUUUUAGUUUGAUGUUUUUAGUUCUUAACAACACUGAACUCAAUAUGACAACUACUGGGACACAUGCAUCUCUUUUCAUACCUCCAGAGGACUUUCUGCACCAGCCUCUACAUAUAUAUAUCAUUAGGAUUUUCCUCCUGAAAUCUCGCUUUUAUACCUCCUUUAUUGUGAUGAUGACAUCCAGUGGUAUCACAGUAGUGUACCUGGGAAGGCACAUCCGGCGUAUGGUUAUAAAUGGACAGUCCCUUUCCAGUGCAGUGCUUAGUAGUCAGCUGAGGGUCACCAUCACUGGAAUCCUUCAGUGUCUCCUCUAUUUUUUCUUUGCUUUGUGGUGGGAGAAUGCAUCUGCUUCUCAGCACAAUCUGUCAGCUUUAAUAGAUCCUCACAUACGAUCAACUGUCGUCAGCUUCUACAUGUUGGGCGUCACAUUUAACCUGGGAGCUGGUCAGUCUGUGUUCAGGCAGAGAGCCGCAGAUAUGUGGAGCAGAGCAGGUCAGUGCUGCAAACGCCUGGAGCCGAAGACAAGGAGCAACGGUGUAAAUCCUAUUUGA